ACAUUGACUUCACUCGCAUCUUCCUAAAAUCAAAAUCACAACACACAAAAUCAACUCUGUCUCCGCCAUUAUCCAAUUACAUACCCUAUCAUUUUUAUCCAACCCAUGGGCGCAACCAGCGAUCCGGCACAAGACGGGUCAGACGAGCAACAAAAACGCUCCGAGAUCUACACCUUCGAAGCUCCAUGGCACAUCUACGCCAUGAACUGGAGCGUCCGUCGUGACAAAAAGUACCGUCUCGCCAUUGCCAGCCUUCUCGAGCAAUACCAGAACCGAGUCGAAAUCGUCCAGCUCGAUGAUUCCAACGGAGAAAUCCGAUCCGACCCCAAUCUCUCAUUCGAACACCCUUACCCUCCCACCAAAACCAUGUUCAUACCCGACAAAGAAUGCCAAAAACCAGACCUCUUAGCCACCUCCAGCGACUUCCUCCGUAUAUGGCGCAUCGACACCGAUCACCAGCGCGUGGAGCUCAAAUCUUUACUCAACGGAAACAAGAGCAGCGAGUUUUGCGGCCCGUUAACCUCCUUCGACUGGAACGAAGCCGAACCCAAACGUAUCGGAACCUCAAGCAUAGACACCACGUGCACGAUCUGGGACAUCGAACGAGAAACAGUCGACACGCAGCUCAUAGCACACGACAAAGAGGUCUACGACAUCGCGUGGGGCGGCGUCGGUGUCUUCGCUUCCGUCUCCGCUGACGGCUCCGUUAGGGUUUUCGACCUUCGCGACAAAGAACACUCAACUAUAAUUUACGAAAGCUCGGAACCGGAUACGCCGUUAGUGCGGCUAGGGUGGAACAAGCAGGACCCCAGGUAUAUGGCGACGAUUAUAAUGGACAGUGCGAAGGUGGUCGUUUUAGAUAUUAGAUUUCCGACUCUGCCGGUUGUGGAGCUGCAGAGGCACCACGCGAGUGUGAAUGCGAUAGCGUGGGCGCCGCAUAGCUCGUGUCAUAUUUGUACGGCUGGGGAUGAUUCACAGGCUUUAAUAUGGGAUUUAUCGAGUAUGGGUCAGCCUGUGGAAGGUGGUUUGGACCCUAUUUUAGCUUAUACUGCGGGUGCUGAAAUUGAACAAUUGCAAUGGUCUUCUUCUCAGCCUGAUUGGGUUGCUAUUGCUUUCUCCACUAAGUUGCAGAUUCUUAGGGUUUAAUCCAAAUCAUUGCUUUUAGUUUCGUCUUGUCCUCAGGAAAAUGAGAUUUGGAAGUUGCAUUUAGUUUCCGUUAUUAUAUUCCGAUAGCGAAAGUUUGAUUAAAAGACUAGAGAGUUAAGAGGUGAACCAAGUCUCAUCUUUGGGACCUAAGUUUAGGACAUUGCAGCUUCUUAUGCUUUUGCCAGCUUAAGAGCCAUUUUCUUACGCUGCUUGGUUGAAGGUUGAUUACCAUGAAAUAUAUAUAUGAUGUUUGACUGAUCCAUUUUCCAUUCUAAUUGGAGUUAGAUGUAGUUUUUGUUAGUUUGAAAUCUUAGAGGUUGAUUUUAAUCUACAAAAUGGUUUCUCAUUCAUGAAGUUUGGAGAUUGUUGUGUUCAUUAAAUUGCAGUAGAAGAGGCAGAAUUAUACUAUAGAGUUACUGAGAUUAUCCAAUUUGCCUGGUUAGAGUUGGGAGAAAAACACAAGUCAAGUUUUCAUUGUUAUAUUUGUUCACGUUGUUGCCCUUGAAGGCUUUCCUCAUUCUGGCAUGCAUUAUGAUGGGAGCAUGUUUUCCGGCUACUUUCAAUUGUUUGUCUGGAAAUAUGGUAUGAGCUUAAAUCAAGUUGAGAACAUGCUCACCUUUGUAAGGUGAAGGUGGAAGGGUAUAGACAAUUUUAAGGGGAAAUAGUUGUUUUGCCCUUUUACUCUUAGUUUCUUUCUACUAUAUACAAAUCUCAAGUCUGCCUGAUCAUCUCUUUCUCAAAGUUUCAAGUAAUAUCCACAGAUAUCCAUGCUAGUAUAUUGGACAAUCUUGAAAUUCAGCAUUCCAAACACUAGCACUAUCAUUUGCUCCCUGGAGUGCUUUACAAGAAUCAGUGAAAUCCGCUUUCCAUAGCAUGGUGAGAUUGCCAUAAAACUAUUGUUUGUGAUAUCCGGAAACCUGAUUCUUGUUCUUAAUGGUUCGCAUCUAUACUUAUUCAACUUCGCAUAUCUGUUGAACUCAUCAGUAGAGGUGGCAAUUGGAUCAGGUUGUGUAGUUAGGCUGGAUCGUUUUGGGUUUAGGUCACUUUUGGUUAUAUUCUUUCGGAUCAUUUCGGGCUUGGAUCAUCUUGGUUUAGGUUAGGUUCAUUUCCGGUUCUAAUACAUCAGCUAUUUUGAUGAAUUCUUGUGAGCUAAUGAGACUCGGAUCGGAUUGGAUUGAUUCAAACAUAAUCUGGAAAAAAUUAAAAUAGUAAAAACAAAUCAAUUUAUCAAUUAGUUUGCAUGAAUAUUUUUUUA